AGGGAGGCAAGACCAAGACACAGCGGCACUCUAACUGUAUGCAAAUAAGGGUGCGUUGCAUGUUGUGUUUUCGGGCUCACUGCAUGCUCCUAUCCAAACACUUCAGGCUAAAUCACUGUGCUCCCCCUCUGCCGACCGGUCUCCCUCCUUACGCCCUUCCAUGCGGCAGCCAUGUGUCACACGUCUCACCCCACAUAACCACGAAAGAAUGGGGAUCGAGUUUGGAACCAAAUAUUUUGCCUUUCCGCUCUCCGAGUUGCAGCAACGAAAGAAACUCUACUUCAUCAUCCGCCGCCAUCCACCAACACCGUACUGGACCGAGCGGGAAAUAAACCGACCCCAUACCCCUUCCAACAUCAGUCUAAGAAUGAGAAACAUGAUCUCAACCCACGUGAUAACCCCAGUUGCAUGCCCGCCCUUCCAUCUACAGGACACCCAAACUCCUAUCUCUCACAUAUAGCAUGCCAUAAUAAUACAAACGUUGUAACCAAGCAGCCCACGAACCGGCCCCUCAACCGGCCCCCGCGAACCCGAGACCGAGUGGAUAAGGGAACUAACCACCUC